AGCUGGGGGGUUGCCCUGUAACCUGUUGAUAGCAGGAGCGUGAGGCCUGGUAGAGAGAUCUGGGGAUGCCUUGGGCUGGGCAUUCCAAAGGAAAACCAAGGGUUGCUGUCGGUGCGAAGCUGGCCGGAGCUGGGAAUGCCUUCACGUGUAGAGUUGACACGAGGGGUGGUGCUAGUACUACUCCCUACACGAAGGAGCAGGAGGAAGAGGCCGCCAGGAUUCUGGCCGAACAGAAGGCCAGGAAAGAGAAGAGGGAAGUGGUGAAGCAGGCCAAGAAGUUGGUCUUGUUGGAGGAGCAAGCUGCAAAGAAAAAAAAGUUGGAGGAAGAGUUGGAAAGGCCGAAGGAGGAGGAAGAAAGGUUGAAAGCAAUGGAGGCAGAAGAAGAAGAUGAGAAAAAGGCAGAAGAGGAAGUUCCCCUGUUCAGAAAGAGUUUCAGGGACAGAGGAGAAUCCAGUGGCACGAAGCAGGGGGACCCAUGGUUGGAAAAGAAGGUGUCUGAGUGGGUCGCCAAUCUAUCCUUGGGAGAAGAGGAGGCGGCGAUGUUGUACGUCCCCAGGGCAGAACAGGAGGCGAUUAUAAGGGAGUUGGAAGCCGAAGGAGAUCCGCUCAAGCGUCAGACGAUAGAAGAGCAAAAAACGUUAAAAUGGAAGUUGCAUCUGACAAGGGAAAAUAAGAAGAGGAUGGAGGAGGCGAGUAAGGCAAUAAAGGCGUUGGAAGUGGUGAAGGAGCAGAAGGCGCAGAUGGAGGCACAGUCGGAGUGGCAGGGGAAGAUGGAAGUAAUGGCGAGAAACAUAGAACUUAUAGCAAGGGCCCACGAAGAACAAUAACAAUUUUCAGAGGGCCAGGAGGUAGCCUUACGAUCCAUACGAUUGGGGUUUAGAGAGUUCGCACGCGAAAUGAUGAUGC